AACGAUACACAGGAAUUUAACCUCAGUCGCUAUUUUGAGGAGGCAGCUGAUUUUAUUGAGAAAGCCCUUUCCCAGAAGGAUGUUCCUGUAUGCUGGUGUUGCUGGCUGGCUGACCCACCAGAUGGAGCUGUAGGCUUGUUAUUCCUCCCUGGAGAGUCAUCUCAGAAUCCCUGAACUGUGCUGUGGAUCCAGUGUAUUCUUAUCACUGAAAAAGACAAGCCACCAGAAUGAUUUAGCAGUCUCUGCUGUACUCUGAGCUGCCACAAGCUCUGAUGUCACUUUGGCCAAGGGCUCUAUUGGAGAACACCCACACAUCGUGGUAUUCCUAUCUGACAAAAAUAACACCAAAAUUUUGUUUAGUUCCUGGUCCUUCAAGUCCUUCACGACUCUAAGCCAAAAAUACAUUUACUACAUGUAAGUAAGCAAAAUUAUGCUUAGAAGAACAUUUGCAAUAGCUGGAAGUUUGGUUUCCUGUGUUUGUGAGACCAUCAUUAACUGCUCUGACAAAAGGAGGAAGCUAAUGAAAGAUAAUCAGUGCCACUAAUGAUGAUGAUGAUGAUGGAGAAAAAAUAAUCAGCAUAUUGGAGGCAAAUGAUUUGACAACAGCCUGUAUUAAAGAAUGUGUUAAGAAUAUAUCCUGACUGAGGAGAAAAAAUCUUGUGGAAAGAAAGUAGUAUGCUGGAUUCCUCCAUAAAAACAGAGUAAUUUCUGGGAUGGUUGGAUGCCUAAGGUGUGGGCUGGAGGAAAGGAGGAAGGGGAACUGACAGUAAGGGCACACUGUAGUGUGAAACAAUUCAUGAUUUCUUUUAGACAUUCCUUGGAUUAUUUGGAAAGGAGAGCACUUUUGACAAUGCUGAUUUCUAAUUUUUGCCUGAGCAAAAGACUAGGAAGGAAAGCACCUUAAAAUACAUUUCAGACAGCAGUGUUUCAGGAAAGGAGCACUGCAGAGAGCAGCUGUGCUGAAGCUCACUCAGCACCACGGUGCCCUGCUGGGUGUAUGGGGAUGAAGGGGUGAAAUGUCACCAGGUCAUUGCUGCUGUUCAGCAUCCAGAGCACACCAAGGGACACCACACCUACACAUUAAAUUUGGUGACACCUCUUUUCUGUACCCACUCCAUGCCAGAAUGGAAUGGAAACCAUUCUGAGUCUUACAGUCAUAGGAGAAAGUCAGACUGAAUCAUUUUUAGAUCUCUUCUAGAGGAAAUAUUUUCAUGAGGAAGUCUGUGACAAGCAUGGCAGUGACACACGUGUCCCUGUACUGCUUUAAGAAAAUGUUUUGUUUGCAGUAGCUGUGACAAGCUCAGUGUGGUAUCUUAACCUUCCUAAAGGCUGAGAUGCUUUCUGAUUAAGGAAUUUAGCCUAACAUCAUUUGAAAAUCACUUGAAAGUGUAUGUGACUUUGAGAUACAGAAAUUCUGAUAUUUUCACCACUAUCAUCUUGGUUUUGCAAGGAAGAAUACCAUAGAUGAGAUUUUGAAACAUGAUACAUGAAUACAUCUUAGGCAUAAAUGCCCUAGACCUAAAGUCAUCAUUUUUCUCUUUUUGUUGGUUAUAUCAUGGCUGGAAAUCAGUCUGGCCAAGUUCUUGUGUUUAAAAUGAGCAAAUGUCCUGUAUUCAACACUUCACAGAAUGGCAGCAGAAACAGUAGUAUGCAAUGAAUUUAAAGCAAAUGCAAAAAUGUGUUAGGUGGGUUUUUCAAAGAGUUAAAAAGAAAGAAAGAGCACAUCAAAAAUUAUGAUGUACAACAUUCUGGCUGUUUAACCUAAAAACAUAUUCCAAGCAAACUAUUUUUAAGGAAAAGUAAACACAACGACUUCUCAUAUUGAAAUGAAGCUCUUCCCUACUUCUUCCAGUAUAUUUGAGAAACAAAAUGAAGAGCUCUUCAUUUUGGAAAGGGGAGGAAAAAAGCUACCCUAACCCUAAUCAUUUCCCUACAGAGACUGAACUACUGAGCUACAGUUUCUAGAUUUAUUCACUUUAUACAGCAAAGAGAAGAGGAAUAACAACAAUGUAAAAAAUCUGAAAAACCUUUGGAAAAGACAACAGCCAAAGUUUCAAAUAUGGAUGGAGGCAGAAGCAGGUUUUAAUCACAAUUGUUAGGAAAAAACUGCAGAAAGGUUUGUCAGGUUGCAAUUCAUUGUGGUCUUGUCUAUCACCAUUUGUUGCCAGGCUCAAAAAUUAGGUAGAGAUGUGAGGUUUUUUGCAUAAAAGUUGUAGAAUAUUGUCACUAACCCACCCCCACACACCCAUUUUAUUUCACACUGACAAAAGCUGAGAUGAAUGAGUUGUCUGGCCCUUCCCACUUUGUAUAGUCAUUGGCUGGCUUGGUUCUAAAAGGGAUUUUAAAAAGGGGAAUAAUGUGCCUUUGCCUGGGAUCUGAGAGUGUCAGGGUGCUGAAAAGCUGGUUUGUGAGCUGCCACCAUGCAGAUCUCUUGGGCUGUGUGCGCUGUCUGUGUCGUGACACAAAUCACAUUUCAGUCUGUGCAAGGGUGGCAGAUGUUUAAAAAUGAUGCUACAGAAAUCAUUCCUGAGAUCACUGAAAAUACAGAAACCCCGAUGGAGCCGACUUUCAGCAACAACAACACAAUGAAUCAGGCAAAACAUGGAGGAAGACACAUACAACAAGCUCCAGAGCUUAACGAUGCCUCCGAGUUCAGCUGCAGGGAGAUGCGCACCACGCGCUAUGUGACGGACGGGCCGUGCCGCAGCCUGAAGCCGGUCAAGGAGCUGCUGUGCUCGGGCCAGUGCGAGCCCUCGCACCUCCUGCCCAACUCCAUCGGCAGGGGCAAGUGGUGGAGGCACAGCUCCCUGGAUUAUCGCUGCAUCCCUGCCCACACCCGCACCCAGCGCAUCCUCAUGGCCUGUCCCCAGCACGAGACUCGGACUUACAAAUUCCGAGCGGCCACGUCCUGCAAGUGCAAGCGCUACACUCGCUACCACAACCAGUCCGAGCUCAAGGACUUCGGCAAGGAAAGCCCCCGGCCCCAGAAGAACAAGAAGCCCCAUCUCUCCAGAGCCAGGAGUGGAAAAUCCAACCAGCACGAGCUGGAAAAUGCUUAUUAGGAGGUGGCUCUGGGUGACACGGACUAGCAGCUCUGGAUGAUUUCUGAACCAUCAAAAGGCACUCAGAGGCCACAGCACGAUGUUCUGACUGCAGUAGGUUCCAAUUCCUUCUGCUAAGCUGGGUCAAAGGCUCACAUAGGCAAAAAUCUAUCAGAUUAUAGCAUUUAUGGUCUGAUAAGAGGAUGAGAGAAAGCGAGCUGGAGGGUGCCCCUUGGAGGUCCUUGGAGUUUGUGUGUCCUGUACGAGUAGGAAGGCAGAGGAAAGUGGAGCUGUUGUGGUGACAAUCACGCUUUGCUAGAAACCCCUCCACUCACUUUAUGUGAAAAGAAUAUUGAGAUUCCUUUCCCAGACAACGAUGCAGGACAAUUAGGGAAGCACCAGGAGAGUUAGCACUCUCCAAAGGAGCUGUAGAAAGUUAGGGGUAGCAGGGAUUUCAGGUUAUGGUGAAUUAAAUCAAAUUGUUGGAAAAUUAACACACUAUCAGAUGUCCUCGUGCGCCAGGUGUUUCCUCUCGAACACAGAAAUCAAAAUAUGACACUAGUGUUCUCAAAACAGAAGUAAAAGUGUGACAAAUCUAUUUCAUACUUUUAAUUAAAAGAUUAUGGGGUCGACAAAUUCAAAACUGAGAUUUGGCAAGUAAAACCAUAUUGAUUUAGGAACAAUGCUUUGUUUGAGCAAUUCAAUAAAUUCUUCUAAGUGGAGCAGAUUUAUGAAAAAAGAUGCUCCUCUCAAGCUAGAUAACCUCUCUGAUGUUUGUCCUGUAAACAGCUAACAUUAUACCUAGUUUAACAUAGAAAACACUGAUUAUUCCUUAUUUCCUAGAACACAUUUGACUUUAAUAUCAGCUUAGAUACGUCCAUUUACAUUUUCUAGUCUGUAGUUUGGAUUAUCUGGCCACACAGCCUGUAGCACUAAAACUGUGAGAAAGGUGGUGGUUCUGCAUUAAAAGUGAGCCUCUGCUGAGUCAUUAAUUCCUCUAGAAAAGUCUUUAGGAUAUGCAGCUUUGAUAAGGCUUUAGUUUGGCAGCAACUUCCCUUUGCUUAGCUUCUCAACACUCAGACUAAUGUUUGUGUUUUUACAUUAAAGAAUACUGUUAGAAAGUGAAUUGUCACAUACUGCAUAUGUCCUGUAGAAUUUAUGCUGAAAUAAUAUAAACUGUGGAAAUUUGCAAUGUUGAUAGAUUUUUCAGUUAUUUUAUGUGGGACCAGAAUCUAGAGAGAAAAGGUAUCAUUUCAGAGAAUGAAUUACGUAUUUAUUUUUUUUUCCCAGAAAUUAUUUAUGCAAUGUUUUAACUUGUAGAGAAUGAGAAGUAAUACUGCUUUAAAAAUAUUUGUCUGUUAUUUUUAAUUUUAAAUACAUUGUUAAUAAAGUAGAAAUAAUGAUUAAUUAUAGAAAGACUCAUUGAUUUUCAGCUACACUAUAAAGCUGAUUUCCUGCAAAGACAGGGAUUUACAGAACAGUCAGGGUGUCAAGUCCAGUGUCUGUGAUCAGAAAUGUCAAGGUCCUUAAUUCUAACAACCUACACAUCCCUAAAGAAACUCCACCCUGGAUCUCCCUGCCUCAUGGAAAAGGUCUUCCUGGGCAGAUGAGUAGAUCAGAAUUAUUUCCAUAUUCUCAUUCCUGCUUCCCCCCUGAACAUUUCCUGAUUUGCAUGAUCACAACCAGAUAAAGCCACCAAAGAAAACAAUAAAUCUGUGAACUCUCAAUCAAGAGUUCUUGAUUGAAAUCUGAUUGUUUCAGGUUUUUUUAAUAAAAAAAAAACAUAAAAAGAAGUGUGGAAUCCCCUUGCAAGGGCUGCUAAGCAACAGUAAAUUUUUUUUACAGUUUGGUAUUGUAGACCUAUCCUCAUUUUCAUUUAGUCUUUAAAAAACAUUUUCCAAUAAAGUCAGAGAAAACUGAGCUUGGGCUGCACACAGCAUGCAGGGCUUUCAGUGCAAAUGUAAAGGUGAGCAGCUUUUUCAAGUCAACCAGUAUUUAAGUGGUCCUUUCCUUACUAUGACUUGAUACAUCAGAUAAAAUCCCAAAAUAAACCAUUGUCACAACUGCAACAACAUUUUCCAGACUUAUCUCUGGCUUCAUGAAUUUGACACUUGGGGUUUAAUUUUCAGAAUUCAGUUUGAGCACCUGCAAGCCCUGCUGAAGUGAGAAAAGCAGUUCAGUUCUCUGGAAAGCUGUUCCACAGUUUCUCAAGCAUCUAAAGUCAAUGAAAUAUUGUUUUUUAAA